ACGGGCGCGCUAGCCAAUAAGAGGGGGAACGGGGUCCCGGACUAGGAAGGCGCAGCGGCGGGGAGGGGAGGCAGGGACCAUGGGGCUCCUGACCAUCCUGAAGAAGAUGAAACAGAAGGAGCGGGAGUUGCGGCUCCUCAUGCUCGGUCUGGACAACGCGGGGAAGACCACAAUCCUGAAGAAGUUCAAUGGGGAGGACAUUGACACCAUCUCGCCCACGCUGGGCUUCAACAUUAAGACCCUGGAGCACCGCGGGUUCAAGCUGAAUAUCUGGGAUGUGGGCGGCCAGAAGUCCCUGCGCUCCUAUUGGCGGAACUACUUUGAGAGCACGGAUGGCCUCAUCUGGGUGGUGGACAGCGCUGACCAGCAGCGCAUGCAGGACUGCCGGCGGGAGCUGGAAAGCCUCCUGGUGGAGGAGCGCCUGGCAGGAGCCACUCUCCUGAUUUUUGCCAACAAGCAGGACCUCCCUGGGGCUCUGUCUUCCAAUGCUAUUCGAGAGAUCCUGGAGUUAGAUGCCAUCCGCAGUCACCACUGGUGCAUCCAGGGCUGCAGUGCAGUGACCGGAGAAAACCUGCUGUUGGGGGUUGACUGGCUUCUGGACGACAUCUCCAGCCGCAUCUUCACUUCAGAAUGACCCCUCACCCAGCUCCUGGAUUGACCCCUUGACCCACCCCAAGGGCAGCCCCUCCCUGCAUCCUCCCUCAGACCAUCUACCUGUCCUGAUCUUCCCUGGCCCAGGGCCCCCAAGGGAGCCAUGACUGGAGGGGGAAUGUAAGCUCGCAGGGCCCCGACUAACGCCUCCUUCCCCAUUAUAACCAGAUGCUGUUUGCACUGUUUAACAGGAGAGACCCUGCUGCUGUGCGGGAGCACCUUCCUCCCUGAGGAGGGGCGCCAGUUCCCUGACCCCGGUCCCUCCUGCAGCGCUUGGUCUGUGCAUCCAAGGUGGAACAGGAAGCAUCCUGCCCCCCCAAGUCUCCAGGGCCCCUUCCUCUGAUCAGCUGUCAGAAUAAAAGCCCUCUGUGCCCCUGG